AGUGAUAGUUAACAAAGGAUCUCCCUAGACAUGUCCUUAUGGAUAUAAACUUGGUACAUGCCUCUAUCACUGGUAAAAAUAUCAGCUCAUUUGGUCGACAUCUAGCGGAGAUAUUUAAAUUUCUUAUCGGGGUGUUAUUUAUGAAACACCCUGUAUAGAGUAAAAACCAAUGAUCGCUCAGACUAUCCUAUAUUCCCGACAUUACAAGUCAAUGAAAAGAUGUCAAUUAAAUAAUGAGAAUUUUUGAAGCGCACUAUAGCUUUUACAGAAAAUCAAAUAGAAUAUUCUCAUAUUGAUUGUAUUCGAAUCUAUAUUUUAUCCUAGAAUAUUUUGAGAAUGUUUUCAACACUAACGCCCUCUUUAAUAAACUUUGACUCAUACCGGAAGAAUGCCCAGGAGAUAACAAAAACUGAAAAAAAUGGCAUUUUUCAUGGUGAAACGAACAUAAUAAUGUAUGUAUUUCAUUUUCAUUGAUUAAAAUGAAAGUUUUCAUUAAUGUCAUUCAUAAAUUUACUUUUGAGUCAUUUUCAUUAUGAUGACUUUCGUUAGAAAUCAAAAUCAUAGAAUGACAUUAAUGAAAAUUUUCGUUUUAACCAAUGAAAAUGAAAUACAAGCAUUAUUAUGUCCGUUUCAUCAUGAAACAUGACAUUUUCCAUGUUUUUCACAUGAAAGUCACAAUUUUAUUCCGUGAGUGGUCUGCGAUGAGAUGCUACUCUUGACAAUUAUGAAACUAGAGAACGGUGAAUUCAUAUUUUAUACAACCUUGGCUCAAUGACGUUUAAAGUUGAUCGAACUAUCGCUUAUCCGUAUUUGUAUCAUCAGAUCGCGUUACUGGGACGCCAAAGGGACCGAUGGCCUCUACCCCAAAUCCUGACUCCGCUACUGCAUUACGUACUACUGAUAAAACAUGCUGUAAUGGACUGUGAUCUACUAUACAAAGGAUCUCGAGAUAUUUGAAUAAUUUUCUACACACUUAUAUAGGUGGCAUGUAGCUCGAGUGAGAAAGUUAAAAUAUCACAGGUGUGAAAACGAAUACAGCAUUUAACGAUAUAUAAUGAGUUAGUUACCAUUAAAAUGGCAAUCAAGCGUGAAAAACCGUGAAACAUCUAACGCGUUAAAACGAAUUUUCCAAAUCUAACAAAAAUUCAUGAAACUUUUCUCCGUGAAACUUUAUUAAUUUGCGUUUUAAGGCAACUUUUGAUCUUAACUGGAGCAAUUAUUUCGCUAAACUUUUUUUUAUCACGUGGAGCAGAAAUGAUGAUGAUGUACGAAGUAUAGAAUUACAUUCCUUUGAUAUAAAACCCAUAGUAAAUUUUAAAGAAAAACUGAAAGAGGAUUAUCUUUGCCUAGGAUUAAUUCAAGUAGUUUUGCUAGCGAUUAAUACAAAAUAGAGAUUUCUCUAAAGAAGUGCUGCCUAAUCUGAUAAAAAGCUUUUGAUAUCUGGAUUGAUAUAGUCCACAGACACACUUGAUAUUUCGUAAAUAUAAGCCUUUCGAGAUGAUUUUUGUGUAAUGUGCAUAAACAAAUAUGUUACACAAAAAAUCAUGAAUAUUGUACGCGUGAAAACAAUUAGUAGAUUCAAUGAUGAAUAAUUAAAUGACGUUCGUUAACAAUUAAGAUUUUCAUUAAAACUCAUUAAAAUAUUUCACUCGUGAAAACAGUUACUAGAUUUAACGAGAAUCAAUCAGUUAAGUUUCGUGAAAAAUACAGAAAUGCAUGAAAACGCGUUAAUAUGUUUAACGAAUGAAAAUGAAUACCAAGUUUAACGAUAUUUAACAUGGUAAGAUUGGUUAAAAAUAAAAAAACUCAAGAAAUGUCGUUAAACUUCUUAACGCGUGAAAAUGAAUGCAACGUUUAACGAUAUAUAAUGAGUUAGUUAUAGUUAAAACGUCAAUCACGCGUGAAAAAGCAUGAAAAAUCUAACGCGUUUACACGAGUUUUCGGAAUAUAACGAAAGUUCAUGAAAUUUUCUUGGUGAAAUUUCGUUAAUUUGUCUUUUAACGCAUUUUUUUGUAUUAAUUUCAAGAAUCAUUUCGUUAAAUACCUUUUUAUUUUUACAUGGGUAGUGUGCAACGCUUGUGGAAAAAAUUUCAGUCUGAUAUACCCUACUAAACCGAACUUCCGGCUUGUUUUUCUACUUUCCAGGAGAAUCGAAAUAACUCCGUCGUUAUAACGGAUACAGGGCUCGGGCUGGUUUCAAAAUAAAGCUAGCCUCUGUGUGCAACUUUUUAUUGAACAGAAUCUUGCAACUCCCUUCCAUUCAUUUUUUAUGAGCAUUUUAGUGGGCAUGAUGUUCAAAAUAAGCAUAAAAAUGUGACUUCACGACAGUAAAUCCCACUUUUCUCAGUCCAGGAAUCAAGUAUCAAAAAUCCAUCCGAUGAAAAGUUAGCUCUGACUCAGAUCUUUAAGACAGAAAAAAAACAUUGGUGAUACUUCGACCCGAGAGGGAGUUAUUUCAAUUUUUCUGGCUAGAAACCAUGUUUUGAGAAAAACGCUAAAGAAGUUUUAGAAAUGGAUUUUUUCAUUAAAAUCUAGAACAAAUCAUAUUACAAUGGUAUAUUUUUAAUAUAUUUCAGUGGACCAUUCGAAAGUACACUGUAAAAAAAAAAAGGUACUUUACCGAACCCUCCAAAAAGGUUUCGUAGGUGUCUAAAAGCUUCCAAAUGUAUCCAAAGGGUUAAAAAAAAAUGGUUGUUAAAGUCUAGGAAACCUUAAAAGGAUCUGAGCGCGGGUACACCCUCCGAACCAUCUCCUACGAAACCUUUUAAAGUUCCGUAUAGCGAAAAAAGGUUUCGUAGGAGAUGGUUCGGAGGAUGUACCCGCACUCAGAUCCUUUUAAGGUUUCCUAGACUUUAACAACCAUUUUUUUAACCCUUUGGAUGCAUUUGGAAGCUUUUAGACACCUACGAAACCUUUUUGGAGGGUUCGGUAAAGUACCUUUUUUUUACAGUGUACGUAAUAGAUGAAGGUAGCUAACGCCAUGUGAUAUGCUGGUUAGUAUUAAAAUGUUCUAUUCAAUGAUAAUGCAAGUGGCAACGCAGUUUUUCCAAAACUGAAAAACUUUAAAAACCACGAAAAUUUCUCCGAAAAUAUGGUAGUAGAGUCAGAGUUUCAUGUGAUAAUUCUUUGGAAAUUUGGUUAUUUUGAAAAAAGUCAUGUAUAUUCUGAAAGAAGAAGCUUCGGUGCAUCUUCCUGUGAUAAAAACUCAACUUCGAUUUGUUUUGAAAAAUCCGAUUUUCUAAGGGGGUCCCCUUAAAUUUUCAUUGAUUGUGUAAUACUUAUGAUCCUUCAAUUGAAUUUAGACGAAUAAAAUCAAUAGAAUAAGGGAAAACGUGCAUUAUACAUCUAGAGAAAUAGAUCACAAAAAAGGGAAGCGAGUGCGGUCCGAAGGGCCGUCCAGAGCUCACAUAACAAAGAACAAAUAAUAAUUCGACACCAUCUAUGAAAGUCGUUUCGUGGCACCCACACUAUUGUGACUAGUAUGCAGUGCAAUUACUCGAUAUCGACAUGCGUAUAACUCCUUUCGCGGCACCCACACUAUUGCGAUAUGGGUGUGGGGUGUGAGUGAAGAGAACUGCUACACCCACACUCUCACUGGUUUUUGUUGUAAACAAUAAAUUCUCGAAUCUAAAUCCUUUCUAAAAUCAUACUUCGCAUAUUUCAAUAAUUAGAUUUAGCUUAAUUUGUUGUGCUCUAUACGAAUGAGAAAGAGAUCACGAGAGUAGUACUACCAUUGGUUUGAAACGAACCUUUUACCAGGCCUGAUUGUUUAAAUAUCCAGAUAUUAAUCAAAAAGUUCCCAUACUCUGAUUCCAAGAAAGAGCUUCUAUACACUGUAAAAAAUAGGCGUCGAAUAAUAAACCCUUGAAAAGAGUUUAUGAAGGUCAUAAACCCUGUCACAUACCCUUUUGGGGGUUAUUAGUAUCAUAAAUCCUGGGAAGGGUAUGUGACACGGUGCACUUUCAUAAAUGCUUUAGGGUAUAUGAGCAGUAAUAUACCCUUAAAAAGUUUAUUAACUUCAUAAACCCUUCGGAAAAACGUGUUUUAUUCUACGGAUUUUUCUAAAGGGUACAAUAGAAAACGCUUUUCCGAGGGUUUAGGAGGUUAAUAAACUUUUUAAGGGUAUAUUACUGCUCAUAUACCCUAAAGAAUUUAUGAAAGUACAACGUGUCACAUAUCCUUCAUAGGGUUUAUGAACUAAAAGGGUAUAUGAAAUGGUUUAUGAUAUUAAUAAACCCCCAAAAGGGUAUGUGAUAGGGUUUAUGACAUUCAUAAACUCUUUUCAAGGGUUUAUUAUUCUACGCCUAUUUUUUACAGUAUACUCUUCGAAAUUUAUAAAAUAUAUGUUAUUUGAUCUCUUCUUUCUUAUCAACAUAUUUUUAUCAAAAAAACAAGAGUGGAGCACUCAUUACAUAAACAUCUACAAGCAAAAAUGUGUAGGCCGACAAAUAUGAAAAAAACUACAGAAGAUUGAUGUUAUCAUCUAUAAGCUAAAAGAUAUAUCUUGUAUUCAUUUUAAAAAUAACGGAAGCUACUAUGAGAUGAUGUUUUCAUAAGUUAAAUUUGUCAUCGAUGUUUUGGAUGUGGGUGUGGGUGUGAGGUGUGGGUGUGAGGGUGGGUGUGGAUGUGGAUGUGAUUCUUGUAUGGUAAACAUCCACACCCAUACCGACACCGACACCCACACCCACACCCUUCAGUCAUUUAUGAAGAAGAGGUUUCUAAAGUAUCUAGUAAUUCAACAACUUUGGCUAUUCUACCAAGUAGUCAAGAAAUAUGUAAGUUUGUCAAAAUUAUAUUUGUCUGAAUUCUUUUUCCUUCUUUUUCAGAUCCAUCAAUUGCUAAAGCUCGACAGAAAACGAUUCCUUUAUUACCACAAUCAUGCUUAUUUGACAUUCCAGAUGAUUUUAAAACAACAGUUGAUGGAAAUCGCUUUUUAUUAUGUGAUGAAGCAUUAGCACGACAUGAACGUUUGUUGAUAUUUGCCAGUGAUCGUCAACUCGAUCUGUUAUUCUCUUCGCCUAUUAUUUAUAUGGACGGAACGUUUGCGAAGAGUUCACCACAUUUUACACAAAUAUAUAUUAUACAUGCAAUUCUUUUUGAUAUAUGUCGGCACUAG